AGGGGCAGUUACGAUAGAGCUUCCGUGUAAAGACCUAGAGGGGAAACAUGGGGAACCAAAUCGGGUGCUUCACCGGCAAGCGUUUGGUAUAGCUGGUUGAGCAGGCUACCUCAGCUUCACUUGUCCUCUGUCCGUUGCUUCCCUCACACACACACACACACACACACACACACACGGGAACGGUAGUCUCUGGCGAACCACAGUCCAGGCACACAGCAAGUCAGCUACUUAACUAGAAGCUAGCCCCAGCUUCAAGUUAGCCUCAGAACUGAUGGAGACCACGCUGUUGCCGUUGGUCGAAGAGAAACAGUCUUAACUUCGAUAUAAAACCGAACUUGUUGGACUACCAUGCAUAAACAGCAAACUUGCUUUUAGAGGUUGAGAACAUGCAGCCUAGCAACAUGGAGAAACACUGGGCUUUCAGGUGCUUAUAGGCGACUUACAGUAGCAGAAUUCUUGUGGUGCAAGCUUCAAGCUUUCAACAGAGAUGGACUCAGGAGAGAGUGGCACUCCAGCUUCAACAUGCCCGGACCUAUCUGCUCUGAAAACCCAGGAGGCCAUCUUAAAUAAGAGGAAAGCUGAGGACCUGUCGGAUCAGAACCCACUUCAGACAUGCAGGAACAUCUGUAAGACGGACGGCAGAAGCAGUGCUCGGUUUGGUGCGCUGAGCCAUCACUCGUUCUUCUCACGCCACAACCCCCAUCCACAGCGAGUCACACACAUUUCAGGCCUGAAUGGCAACCCAGUGUGCAUGGUGAAUGAUGACUGGUACGUUAACAGUCCUCUCUGCCCCCAUCCCCUCAUCGCUGGCCGGGUAAAAACGUCGCACAGGGGGCCCCUGCCAAUGCACCACUUUGGUUUCCACCUCCAGCAGCUUGGCUCAAAGGCAGGAGCAGCGCUUCUAUCGGACGCCUGGAAGGAGGAGCUGAAGGAUAUCACAGCCAAAGUCAGCAUGUCCACCCAGGCCCAGGACAGAAGAGAACAGCAGCGGGCAGACAGGACAGCGAGCGGGAGAAAGACCCAGUACUCAGCCCAGACGGGCCGCAUCCUCCCCCCUCCCACCCGGUCCAUGGGCCGCUACAGCACCACCACUUCCCUCCACCGGAGGACCUCCACUUGUGCUCCUGCACCUAUGCAGCCUUUCCAGGACCAGGAGCUCAUGGUCCUGGAGCUGCUCUGUCAGAUCCUGCAGACGGACUCCCUUCACCUGCUGCAGCAGUGGCUCCUGUUCGCCAGACAGCAAGAGAAAGACCUGGUGAUGGGUCUGCUGCAGCAGGCGAUGGCCGACGCCUCGUUUCCUAGCCGACCGUACAUACCAGGCCAGAGUGGAGCCGUCGUGCCAAGAUCGUCUCUACCUCCCCAACGUCCACCUUCUCUGAGCCGCCAACCAACACAGCGCAGAAGGGCGCAUUUGUGUAAGACUCUGGAGUUGGCAGAAGACACACCAGAGAGGAUCGGAGAGGCUGAAGUCCUGCAGAUCCACACAGCGGAAUGUGCUGCCACAGAGCCCUCCCUCACUGAAGCUAAACCUCAGCAGUGCUGACAUAUAGUCUGUAAUGACAAUAUCUAGUGGUAGUGUAGCAGAUAUGGUGUCUUAUUCAAUAAUCAGGACUGUUUUUAUUUUUGAAAGACUGUAUGUACUAAAAUAUAUAACUUUACAGUUUUGGUUAGGGGGUCAUAUGAUGUUAAAGCCCUUUGAAAACAUUUACAUGGAUUCAUUUAGCAGACGCUUUUAUCCAAAGCAACUUACAAAAAGAGGAAUAACAUUCAAGCUACAUUGCAAAGGAGUCUCUGAAGAGUUGGGUCUCCAUGAGCUUCUUGAAGAUAGAGAGGGAUACCCUUAGCCUGACGAGCCAUACCCACAUCAAGAUGUAGGGUCUGGGAACUGUCCAUUGGCACUGCUCAAUCCGAGAGACGGGAUAAA